AUGGGAGUGGGCCGAUCCCCUGAAGGUCCUUGUUUGGGAACUCGACAGCUCCUGCCUGAUGGAAGGAAGGGAGACUAUGUGUGGAAAACUUACAGAGAGGUGGAGCGACUUGCCAUAGAAGUUGGCAGCGGUCUUCUUAACGAAGACCUUGUGCCCCAGCGGGUUUUCACUGACGUUUCGGGCAGCGAGCUAGCUUUACGUUGCAUAGGCAUUUUUGCUAAAAAUAGGGAGGAAUGGGUCAUAACAGAGCAUGCAUCAAACGCGUACGGCAUAACAGUCAUCCCCCUGUACGACACUUUGGGGCCACAGAGCACACGAUUUAUAUUAGGAGAGACGCAGAUGAAAACCGUCGUGAGUGACGGGGACUGUCUCGUCAAACUCCUGGACGCGUUGCAACAGCAGCAUACCGCAGACAGCUCCAGCGCCACCAGCCAGCAGCGCGAAAUUGCUAUGGAGUGUAUAGUCACGGUGGAUGAUAUACCAGAAGAUCAGAAGGAGAGAGCCGCCGCUCUCAACUUGCGUUUGCUAUCGUGGAACGACUUACUAGAGCUCGGAAGGCGGAAUGUGGUUCCUCUUUCCAAUGAGGUGCAGCCGACGCUGGAGUCCCUACACACCAUCUGCUACACCUCAGGCAAGAGCGCAGUGGACUGUUUAACUAGCCAAUGA